UUAAAUAGUUUCUAUGGAACUUCGCUAGUUACCAAUAUGGACGAGAAUGUGAGAAAUGCCCUUAAGCAUUGCAAAAACUUACCUGCAUCUGAUAAAACGGAAGUUGGACUCCUGAAAUCUCGUAUUGAUGAGCAGAGUAAUUUAAUCAUGAUUUUAAAGACAAGGGCAGAUGAUGAAUAUAAACGUCGGAAAGUGUUCGAAGAUCUUGUUGACGGUCUUCAGCAUACAAUCAAUGAAUACGAAGAGCAGGUUGAAGCUGAUAAGUUGAAGUUUAGACUACUUGAAGAGAAGUUUGAUGUUUUGGCCUCAAAUCACCAUGAGAUGAUUCAAAUAAAAGACGAAUACAAACAACAGAAUGAAAAGUUACGUAUGAAGAAUGAAAGUAUCUUGGAAGAAAAUCGGUUUCUUCAGGGAAAUCGGUCUGCAGAAAAAGCUAAAGCUGUUAAAACAUUAAAUCAAACCAUCGAACAGUUGCAAAAGGAGUUACAGGCAGUCAGUCAUGAUAAAAGGAAAACUGACGCGGAGUUUAUAGAAAGCCGAAACAAUUGGAAAUCUGAAAAGGAGUCAUUUGAGCGACAGCUGACAUCCCUCAACAAAGCUCUGGAUGGAUCUCUAAAAGAGGUUGCCAGGAUAACCGAUGAACUCAAAGAAGAGAAAACUAUGUCAUCUCGUGCUCAUUCUGAUCUGAAACGAGACAAAGAUAAGUACAUGGAGCUAGCUCGUGACAGAGGCGUACUAGUCGAGGAAAAAACGGCUGAAGCAAAGCGGGUUACGGAAAAGCUAGCAUCGGUUGAAAAAGAGUUGAAUGAUGCUACAAGUCGCUUUGAACGGGAAGCCAUGCGCGUUGACAAAGACUUGCUCGUGCAGGACUUGCGGAAACGAGCAGCUGAAUCGGAGAGCAAAUUGAGUCAGUUUGAAAAAGAGUACUCGGCUUUCGUCAACGAAAGAAACAAUAGACUGAACAAAGAAAUUGAGCUUAAUAAGCAUUUGAAGCAGUUGCUGAAUGCUUAAAUAUUCUUCGGUUUAUCUGGUUAGUAUGUUUACGUAGAUUAGCAAAAUACUCUAAUUAUCUGUAAGUUGUACAAAUGUAAAAAACAACCAAUUGUUAAAUUUAAA